UUCAUACCCCAUUAAAAAAUUAUCCGAUACCUGUGACCAUUUCACUAUGAGUCACAUGCAAACUGUCGUUUUCUGCCUUUUAGACACUUCCACUUCCAUUGCCAAAUAUAUCGAGAUAAGAGAGAGAAACAGAGCAACAAUGGCUACACCUUCUUCUGCUGAAUCUUCUUCUCUCCCAACCCAAAGGUUGUUGGGGAAAGUGGCAUUGGUCACCGGAGGAGCCUCUGGCAUUGGAGAGGCCAUUGUGCGGCUCUUCCACAGACAUGGUGCAAAAGUUUGCUUUGUCGAUGUGCAGGACGAGCUUGGUCAGCAUCUCAACGAAAGCCUCGGCGACAAUGCGAACACUUGUUACUUCCAUUGUGAUGUCACCAUGGAAGACGACAUACGUCGUGCAGUAGACUCGACAGUGAGUAAAUUCGGCACGCUUGACAUAAUGGUGAACAAUGCUGGGAUCUCAGGCACACCCUGCUCCGAUAUCCGCAACGUCAAUGUGUUGGAGUUCGAGAGGGUGUUUGAUAUAAACGUGAAGGCAGUUUUCGUGGGAAUGAAGUAUGCUGCCAAUGUAAUGAUUCCACGCAAACAAGGAUCGAUCAUAUCUCUAGCGAGUGUUGGUAGCGUGAUGGCGGGAGUAGGGCCUCAUCACUACGUAGGCUCCAAGCACGCUGUGCUCGGGCUUACGAGGAGCGUUGCAGCCGAGCUGGGACAACACGGGAUUCGUGUAAAUUGUGUCUCCCCUUACGCAGUUCCAACGGCCUUGGCUGUAGCUCACUUGCCCGAAGAUGAGAGAACUGAGGAUGUGUUUGUUGGUUUUCGCGAGUUUGCUGGAAAGAUUGCUAAUCUGCAGGGAGUUCAGCUCGAGGUCGAAGAUGUUGCCAACGCCGUGCUGUUCUUAGCAAGCGACGAGGCUAGGUACAUCAGCGGAGACAAUCUCCUCGUCGAUGGUGGCUUCACUCGAGUAAAUCACGCGCUUCGUGUUUUCAGAUGAUCCAUGUGUGUUUGCGUUGCAAUUGCAUCAUUAGAAUUUUAUGAGCUUGCCUUACUUAUUGUUUUCAACACAUUGUUUGAUAGUAGUCUUUUCUUGAUUUGUGCUUCUCUGGUUGCAACUCAAAUUUAGAUUUUUCAGGCUAGUUGCCGUUUUGAGAGUCAAACAUAAACAGGUUCUACUUUAUACUUUGAAAAUUUUUCGACACGUGUCGUGCCUCUUUGAUAUCCAAUCAAAAGGAAACAUUCAAUUGGGUGCAAAA